AUGACAAUCAAUAAUAGUCGACGACGAUUUUCAGCGCUCAUUGAAUCGCUGCAAAAAAUCUCGAACUUUAUGAAAGCGUGAGUUUUUUGCAAUAUUUUUUGAUCUACAAAAAUACUAUUUGGGGUACUGUAAUUUUCGAACAUAAUUUUAUCUACAGAAAAUAGUUUUAUAUAUGAAAAAAUUACUGUAUGUACCUUUGAAUUUUUUGCAGUCCUUGCGAACCGCAUUACCGUAGUCUGUCAACUGGUGAUUUGGUUGCAAACGAUGAAGACUUUGCUGAAAUUCAAUUCAAAAACACGCCAACCACAAGUUCACUUCCAGCACAUUUUGAUGAUUUGGAUCGAGUUCCAAUGAUUUUCAAAGAAGCCAAGAAAUCUCGACUUUUAUCACAACAUUCGGAAAAAGCACGCGAAAUGACACGUCACGGAAGUGUUGAGAAUUUUGGAAUCGCGAAAUUGCGCGAAAUCCACGUUGCACAAACAUGGUUUUUUAUGGAUUUGGAGCCGAAAAAAGCAGAACGAAUUUUGAUGCAAAAUGGAUUUAUCGAGGGCUCAUUUUUGGUGUCAUUUUUCAAAAAUCAAUAUAUUUUGACAAUUUGGCGAGGAGAGUUUGCACAACAUUUAUUUAUUCGAACCAGUUUUUCGAAGAAAACCGGAGAAAUUCAGUUUCAAUUGGAUAUUGAUCGAAAAUUCAGGUGUGUUUUUUCAACUGUAAUUUUAAUUCAAGACUAGAUGUGUAUGCGUAGCUCAGUGGUAGUGCGUUAACAUUUUGGCCGAGCAACCCAAGUUCGAUGCCCCAUAUAUUUUUAUUUUUUCUUCAAAUAAUUUUUUUUUGCAGCAACUUGGUGGAACUCACUGAUUACUACUGUAAUCAUAAAGGAUAUAUUCUACAAUCGAAGUUGACUGAAGGAGUUUCGAAAAUUAUUAGAAGAUCAAGAGCUUAA